AUUCGGCGUGAGCUUCUACCUAAAGUUUAAAGUUUUUUUAUUUGCGUAUGCUAGAUCCCGGUCUGUCCUCUAGGAGCGCUGCUCCUCUUUUAGCUUCCUAUAAUAUUUAUUCCCCCCUUUAUUAUUUUCCAUUGCGAGUCGGAAUACUUACAGUCAAGGUAAAGACUAGGUUGAUGCUAAUUUUCUCGUACAUGUAGUACAGACGUAAAUAUUUUUCUAUCUUCUUGCCCUGUAAUGAAUGAAUGACAGACGUAAAUAUUUUUCUAUCAUCUUGCCCUGUUCCUGUCUUCCUAAUGAGUAGUGUAGUUCUUCUUAGUCCGCAAGACGACGAGGAAGAGUAAUGUAGUUCUUCUUAGUCCCAAUCCCUAGUCAAGUUAUCCUUCUAUACGCAAGUAGAAGAGUACCAAGAAAAUCCGAACAAGAUGUCGAUUGCAUCUCCCUCUAAGACGUUGCUCGGUUCGGCCUCGACCGGUUCCGACAUGAUCUCCCGGCCACCGCCUCCGCAUACGUUAACCCAAGCGCAGUUGAACGAGCAGGAAAUGGUCACGUCACUGGGUCAAGUGUUUUCGCGGUACGACAGCAGGAACGAUGGAACCGUCGAUCUCGGGGAUAUACCAAACCUACUCGUAGAUUUGGGAAGGGACGUAUCAAGAGCAGCCGAAGUUGUGAAGGUAUUUUUUUCCGAACCAACUUGUGACCUUGUCAAUUACUUAACUAGCCCAAUGCACUUAAACCUAAAGAAACCUAAAUGGUUACUUUUCCUUCGACUUUGAUCCCUUCAAAAUUGUGAAUUGACUUGGCGUUUUUCCAAUUUCUUCAAUUUGUUUUUCUGCGUUUUUUUUUUCUGCAUUACAGAGUUGGUCCAUAUGAUUACCAAAAACGUCAUACUACAGUACCUGCGAGAGCUUGGCGGCACACGAGCGGGGACUAGAGGGCUUCCGCCUGUCUCCGCGAGGGGUCCAGGACCCUCUUCUUCUGCUUCUUCGAAGCAAGCGCCUAUGAGUGCGAGAGGGCCUAAUAUAACCAGAAUGGCGAAUCGCUCAGGCAUAGACGAGGUCGUGGCUGCCUUGAGGUUAAGCCUUUCCACAUUGCAUCCUGUAUCACUCCCAUACUACUUGACCUAUUUUCCAAUCGAAUGGGUACACUACUACUACUACUACUACAAUGAAAAAAGAGGUCAUCAAGGAUCAUGAUGAUGCGAAGAAUGCAAUGGGGGAAUAUCUAAUGAGACACGUUGAAAUGUCCGGAGGUAGUUCUUCCAGUAGUAGUGGAGGACAUUUUCAGAACAGCUACAACGACUACAAGAAUACUACUAGCACCAAUGCAAUCGAGAAAAUGACAACACCCUUAGCGUUGAUGAGGCGGUUAGAGCAGUACCGAAAACAAUGCGAAACGAAAGGAGACUAUGGAGAAGCAAAAAAAUCCAGAGCGAAAUACGAGGAACUGAGGUACAACUAAUGCAAGACGAGAUUGUUCAACUUCGGAGCUGUUGGCUUUACAGACUCGGCACGUCGAAUUUCUCACAUCGGUUAUUCCUUCAUCUUCACAAAGGAUUUGAAAUAAUCUUAUGUUACUUAUGUUACUAUUUUCCCUCCACGUCCACUAUUAUUUUUAUGUAUCGUCGCUCGACCAAAAUCAAUGAAUCUGUUUUUGUAGGUCUAAGGAGGUUAUACGGCAACGGAGACUAAUCGAACAAGCACAGGUGCACGAGAUAUCAGAGGUGGAGUCUGCCCAAAAGCAACAGUGUCUGGAAUUUUCAGCCGCAUGGGAUAGGUACAACAGGCUAAGUACCUAGAGCUGUUAUAGUUGUUAUUCAAUGGGUUGCGAUCUGGUCCUGCUUACGAUGGAUACUACAAUUGCAAGGCUCGUGGCCGAGGCGGCGACGGCCUAUCCUAAUAUUACAUGACCUCCACGAGCACGACCCGUUGAUAGAAGUCUUCAAUAGUUGUAGCAUACAGCACUGAAGAUACAUGAUCCUGCUCCCAGAUUUUUUCGUAAUGUAAACAUUAACUAUUGAUCCUAAUGGAGACGUUUAGAUCUUCCAAGAUCAUGCCCUUAUGAGCUAGAACUCAGUUUUACUUAGAAAAUUUACAGGUAUAUGGCGGAUUACGAGAGCACCGCUUACAUGUCGCUCGAGAAAUUGAAAGAGCAACACGCGUUGCAGUUUCAAGAACUCAAUGACCAACUCGAGAGACAACCCAGAGUGUGCAAAUUCUCUCCAGACCUGCUGGAACUGCGGAGAAAGCAGAAAGUGCUUGGAAAGCAAGGCCUCUACGAGGAGGCAAGCAAAGUCAAAGAGCAGGCUGACAGAAUGGAAAAAUGGGAGAUAGCGAAGUACUUCUUGACAACGCGUUCCUGUAGUUUUUAAAGAACGUGGUACUAGAGAAACUCGUACUUCUUCUACCUAGUUAGAGAUGUAGUUACUGGCAGAGAGGUUUUUAGUAGACUUGCGACUCAUCAUGAUCUGUACAUGAGCGAGUGAAGUUAGUACUUCUAUUUGCUACAACUUCAUAUCAUGAGCAUGAUUUCUUCGCGCGAGUGCGAACAAGCACUGAAACUUUCAUAUGUAUGAUCUUCAGGUUCGCUUCGACAAGUGUCGAUCAGGUGCAAAAACUUGAGCAGCGACUGCGUGCGCAGCAAAACAAGGCUUUAAACGCCUUGCUGAAACGAAUUCAGCGAGACAGAGGAGAGCAAAUCCGUCAGAGAAGUGUGGACAGCCGUCGAUUGUGCCAGAGGAAUAAAAACUUGAGGUCGGAUCUGGAAAAGCGGCAGCACUUCGAAUACAUAAGGGCAGACGCAGCCAUUAAAGCGAUUCUAGCGAACGCGGAGCAUGCAGAGAAACUCACGGCCAACGUGGAAGACGCAGGCUUUCUAGAAAAAUUGGGCGUGCAGGUGGACGGCACAGGGGCAAUAGAAGGGUCUAAGGGAGCCAGCAAGUCAACGCUCAGAUGAGAAUCAAUAAGUAAAUAUGAAGACCACGUCGCCUGCUCUAUCAUGUUGGCUAUCAUGUUCAUGAACGAUGGCAACAGGGACCAUCUCUAAGUAUAUGAAAGCAUAUCUUUACGUAUGUGAAGAGCAAGGUCGUGCUGGUACACACUUGAACUUGAUUCAUUCUGAUGAGCAAUUUUUUCCUCCACACACGUGAAAGCCAAAAAAACCACCCUCGUAGUUUUACCUGAUAAAAAUGUACUAGUCGUCCUUGUAGUCCUGAUUAUCACCAAUGACACCGGUGUCCUCCAAGUGACAACUGCACUGCAGAAAUGAAACAAACAGUAUUAGACGAUAUCCUCAACAAAAUGAACAAGAAUUAUGCAUAGUUGUUUUCCACCUUCUCCAUCGAGAGUUGGACCUUCCACGUCAAGUUUUCUGUUUUUCCACUCAGUUGCUAUCAAUAUUGUUUUAAAACUUUGAUCCGGCGACGAUGACGAACGAGUUGGUGCCUAAGGAGCUCGGUUGCAUCUACUUACAUGACGUAAUCGUAAAGGAGAGAGAUGAAGUAGAACAUGUUCUUGUAUUGUAGACGUCGUAGACCACCCAUAACUGUAUAAAACCUUUACUCAUUGUAGUUUUUGACACGACUGAGGGAUGAACACAGGGGAUGAAAUGACACCGAUGACGCGUAUAAUUGAUGAAGAAGGGAAUAUGUUCAACAGGUUGCUGCAUAAAAAAUGUACCAUACCAUUAUCACGACAAUGUAGUGAGGCGCAGUGUCUGUCUAGUAUCUAAACCAAUUAUGGGCUAAGAGUAGAAUUGACAACGAGAAGUGUAGCAUUAACGUAGAGUGUAACUCAUCUAGUCGUUAAAAUAAUCUUUGACAAUCAGGAAACAGUCAUUUUUGGCUGAGCGAACAGCGUAAAUAAAGCGGUUAUGAUAUCAAGGAUUGACAAGAAAGCAGGUGGAACGUCAACGUCGUUGCUGCGAAAAAUUCUCCGUAUCAUGAUGACAUUGGAUUAGUAUGAUGGAGUUGCAAAGGUCUAAGGGACCGAUACG